AUGCCGCGACGUCCGCCUGCUGUGGACGAUUAUGCGUCCGCUGUUCCGCAUGUCAUCCUCGCAUCCUCUGAUGCCGAGUUCCUCGAUCAGUUGAUACCCGUCCUCAAAGAUGCCACACACUCGAACCGAACACCCCUUUUGACUCAAUGCCUAAGUCGGUACUACGAAGAGCGUGAAGCUGAAAUCGAGCGCAUCGGUCUUACCAGGCAUGAGGAGUUCCUCGAUUCCAUCAAUCACCUUCAGACCGUUCGAGCCGAGACUGUGGCCUUGACGCAAGAGAUCUUGAGUCUGAACGAGUCAAUCGCUGAAAGCACGAAGAAGCUGGCUAUACAAAAGGAAGCUCUGGUCAACACUUCUGCUGUCAGGCAAAACAUCGCCGAUGCGACCAGCGCCCUGAACGACUCCCUUACCAUCCUCCGCGCCGUCAAUAAUGCUCACGAACUAGUUCGUCGCAAGAACUACUAUGCCGCUCUCAAAUCCCUUGACGAUCUUCAAAAUGAACAUCUUGUUCCCAUCAUCCAAAAUCGCUAUUCUACGCAGCAUCGGCUGGCCGAUGUCAUCCAAAAAUCUAUACCCGCGUCCCAGAAAGCGAUCUCAGAAGCGGUUAUGACAGACCUAAAUACAUGGCUAUUUCGUAUACGAGAGACAUCUCAGUUCUUGGGCGAGGUCGCAUUCUACCAUACUGAAAUGAGGAGGACUCGACAAAAAAAGAGAAUAGAAGAGGACCCAUUUCUGGCCAAUUUCAAGCUGAACUCGGCCAUUGAGCUUGUCAGCGACGAAAACGAAGACUUUGAUGUGUUGAAUAACGAGGAAUUACAAGUAGACUUCACCCCUUUGCUCGAAGCGCUUCAUAUUCAUGAGGCCCUGGGUCAGCUUGAGAAGUUCAGAUCAGAAUACGGUGCGACUCGACGUCAACAAAAGGACCUAUUACUCCCUGGGUUUAUUGAACUCUUGGCGGAGGAUGAGCAAUCUUUGAGUAGUUUGCUGGAAGGAAUAGCAGGAUUCGCCAUCGUCGAAAAGGCGACCAUGCAAAGGGUUCCACAUUUGCGCUCAGCGAACGAUGUUGAAGAGCUGUGGGAAUCCAUGUGCACUGCUGUGAUAAACCUCACCUCAAAAGCUUUAAGUGAUAUCGAGAAUGCUGAGGCCUUGAUCAAGAUCAAGACCAUCAUUGCUCUUUUCAUUCAAACGAUGGAGGGCUGGGGAUAUACAGUCACAAUGCUGGACAACUUCCUUCUGAAGCUGUUCGACAAGUAUGCCGAGCUAUUGAAGAAUCGCUUUAGCGUAGACUUCCAGGAGAUAGUGUCCACGGAUGACUACAUGCCAAUGGCCAUCAAUACACCAGAAGAGUACGAAAAGGUUGUCAAUGUCAGUUGGUUCACUCAAGAGAAGCCAACAGAUCAACUCACGAACUUCCUGAAUCAGUUCUACUUCUUUUCAGAUGACCACUUCCAACAUCCCAAUGUCAUUGAUGAAACGCUCAAAAAGUCGCUUGACGAACUUCUUACAGAAAAGGUCUGCAAGUCGUUAGUAGAGCGUCUGAGCUCUCAAUACCUGGGCCAGAUCGUCCAAAUUCUCAUUAACUUGGAGCACUUCGAGAUUGCCUGUCAAGAGCUUGAGCAAUUACUCAUUCGUGCACGCUCAUCAACUUCAGCCGGCGGCCCAGUCAAGCUUAAAGCCACCGACUCGUUCCGCAACAACAAGAAGACGGCGGAGAAGAGAAUUUUUGAGCUUGUCAACUCCAAGAUCGAUGACCUGAUUGAAACAGCCGAAUAUGAAUGGACGGCAUCGACAGUGGAAAAGGAACCCAGCAACUAUAUGCAGACUUUGACGCGGUACCUGUCCAACAUUAUGAACUCGACUCUUCUUGGUUUACCUCGAGAGAUCAAGGAACUUAUUUACUUUGACGCUCUGAGCCACACAGCUGAAAAGAUUCUCGCCCUCCCCCUUUCUCCUGACGUGAAGCACAUAAAUCCCAACGGCGUAGCCGCUCUUGCACAAGACGUAGAUUAUCUCGUCCAGUUCGUCAGCAGUCUAGAGAACGGACAGAUGCUUCGAGAGAACUUGGAUGAGCUGGCACAGACCAUUGCUCUCCUCCAGACGGAUAACCAAGACGAGUUCUUUGACAUUUCUACGCGUAACAAGAAAUACGGACGUGUAGAUGCCCUCAACGGACCAAUGCUAUUGGAGAAGUUGACGCCCAUUACCGCGAGCCCCGUUAGAAGCGCGCCGCUGGCCAACUUUUCCUCACGAUUUGGUAUAAACCGAACAUGA